AAAGAAAAAAUAUAAAGUCCCUUCCUUCAUAUAUUACUUCUGAUCUCUCCUCUCUUUUGUUCUUUCUUCUUUGCUUGCUUUCUUUCUCUUUCUUUUCUGCAACUGUCUUUAUGUAUAGUGUUAUAUUCUCUACCAUAAACCUUUUACAAAAGAAGAAGCAAUAUUUGGAGAACUAGCACAAAAAUGGCUUUCACAUCUAUUCCUCUCUAUCUAGAUCCUCCCAAUUGGCUACAUGAGCAAGCACAUCAUCAACAACAACAACAACUCGGAGUUUCUAAUGAGAACCCCACUCAGCUCUCACCAGCUAUGCUUCCACCUCCAGCAGCAUCAGGAGGAGGUGGCGGUGCAGCUGGCUCAAUUAGGCCUGGCUCGAUGGUAGAGCGAGCCAGGCUAGCAAAGGUAACACAGCCAGAGACUGCCUUGAAAUGUCCACGUUGCGAGUCCACGAAUACUAAGUUUUGUUACUUCAACAACUACAACCUUUCUCAACCGCGUCAUUUCUGUAAGACUUGUCGGAGGUAUUGGACUAGAGGUGGCGCGUUGAGGAACGUCCCUGUCGGAGGUGGAUGCCGGAGGAACAACAAGAGAAGUAGUAAAAGAUCAACUAGAUCAAAAUCCCCAAUUAGAGGUGAAAGAUCAAGAAAAGGUCCCAAUAUUAUUACCUCUAAUGGUACUACUAUUACUAAUCCUAUCCAUUUGCCUCCUCCAAGUACACAUUUGUCAUUCUUGAGUACCCCUUUUCAUAAUUUCAAUCACUUCAAUUCUACACAAAAUAGCUUGACUUUUGGAGAAAUUCAAUCUCAUGAGGGUGAUGGAAGCAAUAAUCAAAUGAAUUUGUCAGCUAGAUUUGUUGACCAAUUUAGACUUCAACAAAUGCAACAAUUUUCUCUCCUCUCCCCCUUGGAACAACAGCCUAGUAAUUUAUAUCCAAUAUAUAGUGAAUCUAGGAUUACUGAUCUGGAAAAUGUGAAGGUGGAAGAGAGUAAAAGUAGCACUAAUAACCAAGGGCUGAAUAUACAAGGAAGUAACAAUUUGGGGGUCACAAGUGAUCAAUUUUGGACAGAUAUGUCUGGUUAUAAUACUACUUCCACUAGCCAACUAUUGUGAUUUUCUGGUGCCAUCUUCAGAGAAAAACCCUAUCAAGCGCAGCUUGAGUUUUCAUUUUCUUUGGAUAAUGGUGUCGUCCUGCCAACUUCUCGCACAUUGUUUUGAUGUGUACCAUGUCUCGGGUCUCUCACCAGCAAAGUACCAGAUUACUCUGCGGCAAGCUAGUGCUUUUCGUUAACUACUACACAGGUUCCUCAUCGGAUAAUUCUGCUCCUCCAGGCUUAUGGGCAAGUAUGGAAUUCGUUUCGAUUUGCUUCUACAAAUUCCCAUCUAGCUUAAAGCUUUAUGGUAGGCUUUCUAGUUCUCAAUUUUUUUGGUUCUUUGAGUAUUGUGUUAUGGAUGUUUUAAAAAAAUGGAGGGUUUUUUUAUCCAUCAAGAUCUUCAAACAUUAUCUAACAUGAAAGUGCUGAUUGUGAUUCUAAGAGAUGUAAUCAUGACUUGAUUAUUGAGUGAUUUUAGUGAAAGUGUCAUCCAUUAA